UCCUUCGCGACAUGCAGCGUCUUCCCAGCAGCCUCUGGCCAUCGCUACUGGCCGCUCUCCUCUCGGUACACCACGUGCACUGUCAGGACUACUAUGUGUCGGACAUCCACUGCACGUUCGGAGGCAGCAGCGGCAGCGACAGUGCGGCAGCGGCCCCCGGCGUCCGCGACUCCAUCUCGGCGCGGCUGCGAAAACCGGAAGGGUUCCGCGGGUCGCCGCUGUUCGCGGACGAGCGCCAGGCGGACCCCCUGACGGACCCCGUCUGCCAGAUCCGGCCCGAGCCCGCCGACCCCGAGCAGCUCUCCUACCGCCUGCUCGUCACAGACUUCUCGCGCUGCGGCGUCCUGCGCCGCAAUGGCUUCGUGCAUGUGCGCAUCUGGUUCCCGCAGUUCCCCGGCGUGGUGAUGAUGUCGGACCAGGAACUCAUCAUCAUGUGCAAGCCGCCGGAGCCCACCAUCAUCGAGAACAAGGCGGCAGGAUUCGCCGGUAGCUUCGCGCACGGCGCCCGCGUGUCGGGCGUGGCGGAGGAGUCCCCCGGGCGGCUGGAGUACGAGGUGGCGCUGUACAAGGAGGCGCCGCCGGCGCGCGUCGGCAACCUGAGCGGCGAGCUGCCCGUGGACCAGGCCGUGCCCAUCGGCACCAAGCUGCAGCUGCGCGCGCGCAUCAACCCAGACUCAGCGUGGAAGUUCGUCAAGCUGACGGAGGUCGCCGUCUCUCCCGACGCCGACGACCCGCAUGCGGCAGGCAGCGUCGCCCUCGUCAAGGACGGGUGCCGGAACAACGACUUCGUGACGAUCAUCCCGCACCAGCCGGCGCGCUACCGCGACCGCAACAACGAGGUCUUCCUGGACUUCGAGGCGUUCCUGCUGAGCGGCAUGCAGGAGCGCGCCACCCUCUGGAUACACUCGCAGAUCAAAGCCUGCAUGGACGCCGCCGACUGCCAGCCCGAGUACUGCCUGGACGUGCUGGAGCCGGCGGGCCACGGCCGCAGGAGGCGAGACGAGGCCGGCGCCGGAGGCGGGGGCGGCGGCGGGAGCGGCGCCGGAAGUGGCGGCAACAGCAGUGUGCAGGCGGGGGAAGCCCCGGCUGGCCCGGCGCACGCGCACCACGCGGCGUCCUCCGCCAGAUUCCGCGAGAACAUCGAGUACUCCGUGCUCAUGCCGGGAGACUUGUAUCGACGGCCAGGUCAAGGAGCAGCACUCACAGGUGAUGGACCAUGUUCUACAAUGGCACUGAUAACUGGUCUGCUUGGCACGCUAUUGUUCCUGGCAACACUAGCCGUUUGUUACCUGGCAACAAGACUUCGAGACGCUGCUUCCGUUGACCGAGCCCUUCGUCAUGCUAAAACUGGUGGUUACACAGGCCGCAGCCUUGUCCAGUGAUGGUGCAAAACUGAACACUGAAAAGGUUGAUUGAAUUUUGGGACAUCUCAUGCCAACAAAGUUUUAUAAUGGGUUCUAAGCAAAGGUAACAUGGAUGAAUUCAUGUUAAGCUUCAGAUGCUUUGGGAAAGGUUGAGGGAGGUGCUGGAGACGAAACAAAUGGCCACAAAGGCCAAAGACUAUUGUGAUUAAAUAUACAGAAAAGUUCAAUUGCUGAACUUUUCAGUUCUCAUUAUAGUAACAAGUUUAUCCUACACACAAAACUACUAGUAAGUUUCUUGUUCAAUUUGCAAAUUAUUUUCAUUACCCAAUGUGAUGAAAAUGAAAUUAUGAAUGACACGGGUAGUGUUGCAUUGUUCACAAGAGUGAGACUACUGCAACUAUGUGUACAAACACCCACCACAGAACAGAGGUCAAGGGCUGUUUUAGUGUGCAGUUAAUAAGACUUGAGUAAUAGCCUUAAUUCUACAGACAGCAAAUUCUGUAAUUUCCAAAGAAACUGUAAGAUUUUUUCCCCCUUUAACUCUGCUUGUAUUUAGACUUUUUCUUAAGGUCAAGGAACAAAAAAUCCAAACUUUAUGAAUGUAACGAAAAGGAUGAGAAAACAGUUUAGUUCAACUCAACAGAAUUAUAAAACAAAUAGGUUCUAUAUUUUAAAAUCACAAAAUGUUAUUUACAUGUUCUAUAAUAUUAUGUUAUAAGCUUUUAUAAUACAUAAAUAUAAUUUAUUGAUGGUUAUCAAAUUAGCAACAGUUUCAACUCAGGUACCAAAAUUUAAAUUUCAGUGACUUUUAAAAUAAUCAACAAUGACUAGUUCAACAUACUGGAAAAUUUUUCCUUACGAGGUUCACAAUUGGAUAUAUAAAUAUUUGCAUUGCAGUAUAUACCGGAAUUUAAGCAAGUGGUGACCUACUGAAAUUUUGAUCAGAUUUGAUGGUAAAGUCUACAAAAAGGUUGCACACACUUUGGUUUGUAUAAAAUACACAAAUGUGCAAUACCACAAGCAUUAAAAUCUGGUAACAGGUGAACUGCAGUGCAUUUAUGUACAAUUUAACAUUUUAACAAACAACAACAGUACUUCAACAGAUGAAAGGUUUAAAAUUUAAUCUAUAAAUAUGGAGUAAAAUUGUAAAACAAAAACUGAUACAACAAUGAUAAUUGGUAUGUAUGAAAGUAAAUAAUUUUCUAAAAUUAUAAUAUAAAUUUUAUUCUUUGGUUUAGAUCCAGCCAUCCAUGCAGUGGCU